AACUUAAAAAUGAGAAAUCGGUUGUAAUAACUCAUUUGGGCCGUUGAAAAAGUGUUAGCCGGUGAAAAUUUCCGAUUCGAAGAGAAGAGACGGCGAUGAACAAUUGAAAUCCAUAAGGCGAGCACAAGAACGCACGGUGAUUGAUGAGGGAUGCGAGAGAUGGCGAGAAAUUAGAGAAAUAGGGUUCAUCGAAGGGGAAUAAAGCCUUGGCGCAAUAGAAGUUUUCUGGUGCAGAUCUAAAAGAUGUCUCAGUUUUACAGUUCUUCAAUGGCUUUACUUCUGAUUCUGAUUCUGAUUCUGUGCCUCGGUUACUUGGGCAACUCUAUGGCUUACGGUUCUCCUUCCGAGACAACUAUGCAUACCAAUAACUGGGCAGUUUUAGUCUGUACCUCUCGCUACUGGUUCAAUUAUCGGCACAUGGCUAAUACGCUGUCCUUGUACAGGACUGUAAAACGGCUAGGAAUACCUGAUGAGAGGAUUAUACUUAUGUUGGCGGACGACAUAGCCUGCAAUCCUCGAAACAAAUACCCUGCAAAAGUGUUCAACAAUGAAAAUCACAAAAUCAACUUGUAUGGAGAUAAUGUUGAGGUUGAUUAUCGAGGUUAUGAGGUCACAGUUGAAAAUUUCUUAAGGGUAUUGGCUGGACGCCAUGAGGUUGCUGUUCCAAGAUCAAAACGCUUAUUAAGUGACGAAGGAAGCCACAUUCUUCUAUACAUGACAGGACAUGGGGGAGAUGAAUUUUUGAAGUUCCAGGACUCUGAAGAACUCCAGAGUCAUGAUUUAGCUGAUGCUGUGAAACAAAUGAAAGAAAAACAUAGAUUUAAGGAGCUGCUAAUAAUGGUUGAUACUUGUCAAGCUGCUACUCUCUUCAAUCAGCUUCAUUCCCCAGGUGUUUUAGCCAUUGGAAGUAGUAAGAAAGGAGAGAACUCAUAUUCACAUCACUUGGACCCUGAUGUUGGUGUUUCUGUUGUUGACCGUUUCACAUAUUACACACUAGCCUUCUUUGAGAGAUUAAAUAUGUAUGAUAAUACUUCAUUAAUCAGUCUUUUCAGUUCAUAUAAUCCAAGUUUGUUGAUGUCAACUGCAUAUUAUAGAACCGAUCUAUACCAACAUAAACUGGAGGAGGUUCCUGUGACGAACUUCUUCGGCUCAGUGAUGGAAACAGUUCAUACCGAUUCAGCUUACAAGAUUGUCCCGAGAAAGGACUUGAACAAGGCAGAACCCGAAUUACAUCAAUUGUCACACCACAAUGAAAGAACGUUAAUUACUUCAGAUAAUCCAGAUAGAUCAAGUAAACCAAGCUCAAGGGAUGAACGUGGCGGUUUAACAAGUGUAUGGAGAAGUUUGCAUAAUAAGAUGGAAGAGAUUGAAGAUGGUGAUACUUUUGUGAACUAUGGGUUGGUCAUUAUUCUUCCAUUCUUAGGGAUCUCCAUGUGGUUAUCAAGGUGAAGAAGCUGCUUCCUAUUUACCUGUUUAUCGGGUUUUUCUACACUCAUCUCGACCCUUUGCUAUGUGUUGAAUAUGUUCUAAAGCUUUUCAUGUUCUGAACUUUUAUUUGUGGGGAGAGAUCAAAAUGAUGCCUCUAGCGGCUAAUGAGUUGAUGAUAGAGUUGUAGUAAUUUCUUUUAUGGUUUUUGGUUUAGGAUGUGGUAUUUUGUUAGUAUUCCCUUUGUUGUUCAUGUUAGACUUAGGCUAUUUCCAACCUAACAUUUCUUUGUUCGUCUCCUA